AUGAGAUCAUUGCAACAUCGCUGUUCCUCUCAACAGAGGUGCAACGGUGUUUGCGUGUUAAGAGUUUAAAAUGAAUCAUGUUUGUCUCUUCUGGAGUGUAUAACCAAAGUAUAUAGGAAUAUCGGCACAAAAUUGUUUUCUGGUUGACGUCUGAAUACCUCUCAAAAAAAUAAUGGACCAUGUUAAGUGAAAUCCAAGAAAUGGCACCGCCACCACCUCCGCCACCCCCUCCACCUCCUCCUCCACCACCCCCUCCUCCUCCUCCACCACCCCCCAUCUUCCCUGAUGGAGGCCAACUAACCAGAGGUCCGGCAAGGGCCUCAAAAAUGCGUAACUUUAAUUGGGAGGCCAUACCUAAGGACACCGUGCAUGGCAAACAUAACAUAUGGACAUCCGAGAAGAACAAAGAUUUUGACGUGGACACCAAACAUAUAGAGGAGCUCUUCAGCCGCAAUGAUCAGAAUCAGAUCCAGGCCACAAAACGGCGUAGUGUACGGCAAUCCCCAACUAACGGCACAGGACCUGAAGUGGUGUACAUUCUCAACUCCAAGAAGAACAUGAAUAUUGGUAUUUUCCUCAAGCAGUUUAAAAGGUCAGUGAAUGAAAUGAUUGACGACAUCAUUAAUUGUAAAAGAGAGGGAUUUGGUUCUGGAAAACUAAAGGAGUUAUGCAAACUGCUGCCAGAAGAUGGAGAGGUGCGGAAACUUCUUGAUUUUAAAGGAGACUAUUCGACUCUGUCUGAGGCAGAUCGGUUCAUGGUUCAACUUGUCAAGGUCCCAUGCUAUGAGGAACGAUUAAACUGUUUAGUCCUCAAAGAGGAAUUCCCAAAUUUCAUGGAAGAGGUGAAUCGUUCUAUUGAAAUCAUGACUGCUGCUGGAAAAGAGCUGUUGGACUGCACAGAUCUACACUCGGUCAUACGACUGGUCUUAAAAACAGGAAACCACAUGAACUCUGGAGGGUAUGCCGGGAGUGCCGUGGGAUUUCGAAUGACCUCUCUUCUCAAAUUAGCUGAUACUAAAGCCAACAAGCCUGGGAUGAAUCUCAUGCACUACGUUGUUAUGCAAGCCCAGAAUAUCGACGCAUCAUUGCUGAAGUUCCCAGAACAGCUUGGGCACAUCGGUGAUGCAGCACGGAUACAUAAACAGGAAGUAGAGGCUGAAUUCCAAAAGGAAGUGAGUAAAGUCCAGGUGUCAAAACAGAAUGCUGAAAAACAGCCAGAUCUGGCAGAACAGAUGAGGGAUUUUCUGCAGGAUGCAGAUAUUAAAUUACAGGAAACUGAGGCCUCCUUCAAGAAUCUUGCUGCAGUGAGUGACUCUGUGGCAGAGUAUUUCUGUGAGGAUCCAUCUCAGUUUAAACUAGAAGAGUGUUGCUCCAUAUUCUUCUCCUUUUGUGAAAAGUUCAAAAGAGCAGUUCAGGAAAACCUUGAACGAGACAAGGUGGAGGUGAAGCGCAGGCAAAGAGAGCGUACCCAGUGUGCUACCAAACGACGCUCAACUGCCACCUGCUCCAUGCAGGAUAAAGACAUGGAGGGAGUUGCGCUGGAGUCCAUCCUGCAGGGGUUUCUCAACGAGCAGGGACCUCGUCGCCGAACUGGGAACAUUUCGCCCGCUCGGAGCAGUCUUGCCGAAAUCACCUCGUUGGAGAACUGCUCCCCCACCAAAAGAGACGUCAAAAGGAAUAGUUGGAUCAAAAGUUCUUUUAAAUCCCCCUUGGCCAUAGAAGAAGAGACACCCAAGCAACCAGAGAUCAGAAGGUCUGGCCGUCUGUGGAAAAGGGACGCUAGUCUGAGAGUUUCGGUGACCAUGGAACAGGAUGAAGAAAACGUCCAGACAGAGGAAGAGGUGAAGAAUAUGAGAGAGGUGUCACGCAAAGUUUUGCAAUACCAAUCUAGUCGGGGUAGCAUUUCUUCUGCUGAGGCGCUCUCACCGGUACAUUCACCAAGGCAAACGGUUUUCCAUGAAGACGGUAAACCGUUGCUAAUAAUGUCUGUUGAAGAAAACACUUCUAAAUCGAGUAAUAACCCUGUUCCUCUUCUGCAGAACAUCCAAAACAUCGGCCGCAGGCACACUAUUGCGUUACCAGAGGCUAGUUGUGGAAAUAUCAGUAUGGAGGAAAUAUUUGUACCCUGCAGAUUAAGCGGAACAACGGCUCCACCUAUUGGUAGUAUUGGUAAAAUGAAGUCUGUGGAUUGCGGUUUGCUCACCACACAGCAAUGCUCUCCAGAAACAGUUAAAGAGUCCAUAGAGAAGCUACUUAAUUCUCAAGAGCAAUCGCAGUCAUCACAAUCUACUCAUUUAUUGGAGUCACAGUCUGCUGAUGAAUCACAAUCUAUUGAAUUGUCUCAAUCAACUGAUUCAGAUGCAAAGAUAGAGGAGACAGAGCAUAGUUUGCGAGCUGAUGGCGGAAAGAAGCCGAAUGACCAAACCCAACCAUCCAGAAACACUAAAGAGACCUUUAGUUUUAUGUCUUUGUUUAAGCGAUGGCGUGAAAAAGACAAAACAAUUGGUAAAGAGCUUAGAGAGUUUGAUUCUGAUAGCGUGGAUCCGUGAAGUUACAUUGUGAUGUUGUCUUUGUGGGAGUAAAGCUUUUUUUUGUGAAAACCAUAAAUGGAUUUGCAAUGUAUCCUGUAAACCAUUAAGCACACUGAAAAGCAGGAAAAAAAUAAGCCAUUUCACAAGAUCCAAAAAAUUUCAAUAAAAUCACGACCAUUUGUACGAUUUUAAAGGUAGGCUGUAGGAAUAUGUGGCUCGACUGGACAGUUUGGGCUGGUGUUAGGUACCAAACUCAAAUUUGGGUUUCCAUCAUGGACCCCUCUCUGAAAAAGACUUGAGACCUGCUAUACACCAAUGCCACACAAGGGGGCAGUACAGGACAUAUUUCUAUAGUGUUACAAAUGAUGUGUUUGUACAGUUAACCAUGCACAAUAUAGUGACUGAGUAUUUAUCGUCUAACUUGUACACUAUGGCUGAAUUUUGAUUAUACUAAAUAGAUAUUUUAUUCUGAUAGACUGGGUACACUUACCAAAAUACCUCAGACUAAUGUACAGUGUGAAACAUUAGAUAAAUGACAGGGUAUUUUUCAUAUUUUUGUAAUGUAUGACCUGAUUUUUCAAAGCACAAAACAUGCGGAAAAAUGCCAGCUGACUGGCAUGAAAUUGUCUCUGAGUGGUCACUGUUGUAGGCCUACAAAUUCUGCUUCAAAUGACAGAAUAAACUGAGAGUUUAAACA